ACACUGAGGAUGCCAGUGAAACUGAUCUGGCAAAACACGAGGAGGAGGACUUUGUAGAAAUGAAAGAGCAGAUGUAUCAGGACAAACUGGCAUCUCUGAAGAGGCAAUUACAACAAUUGCAGGAAGGUACUCUUCAGGAAUAUCAGAAAAGAAUGAAAAAAUUGGACCAGCAGUACAAAGAAAGGAUACGAAAUGCAGAACUGUUCCUCCAGCUGGAAACAGAUCAGGUGGAAAAAAAUUACGUCAAGGAAAAGAAAGCAGCAGCGAAGGAGUUUGAAGAUAAGAAAAUUGAGCUUAAGGAAAAUUUGAUUGCAGAGUUGGAAGAGAAAAAGAAGAUGAUUGAGAAUGAAAAGCUAACCAUGGAAUUAACAGGAGAUUCAAUGGAAGUGAAGCCUAUUAUGACAAGGAAACUGAGGCGACGACCAAAUGAUCCAGUUCCUAUCCCAGACAAGAGGAGGAAACCUGCCCCUGCUCAGCUAAAUUAUUUGUUGACUGAUGAGCAAAUAAUGGAGGACCUGAGAACACUGAAUAAGCUUAAAUCACCCAAGAGACCAGCCUCUCCCUCCUCUCCCGAACACCUCCCAGCUACACCAGCAGAGUCUCCGGCACAGCGGUUUGAAGCCCGGAUAGAAGAUGGAAAACUCUACUAUGAUAAGAGAUGGUACCACAAGAGCCAGGCUAUUUACCUGGAGUCUAAAGAGAACACUAAGAUCAGCUGUGUGAUCAGUUCUGUGGGUGCCAACGAGAUCUGGGUGAGGAAAACCAGUGACAGCACAAAGAUGAGAAUCUAUCUGGGACAGCUGCAGCGAGGUGUUUUUGUGAUUCGUCGACGAUCAGCUGCGUGACUGUAUGCUCUUCCUUGGUUGUUUUGUUGUUUUUUUUUUUUUUAACAGAUAGACAAACCUCUAAUGGGGAAUGGCAGUCUGUUCACUCCUCUUAGCAGCAGAGAACACUGUCAUGACCUCUUACGAGACAGUUUGUGGCUGGCCACAUAAUCCCCAGUAGUCCUUAAAUCUUUAGUGAUACCCAAGCACUGCCCUGGACUAUUUCUGGAUUUUGCAUCAAGCUUCUCUAUGCUUUCUUUAUAUUUUGGGUGA